GUUUGCUGACCAGUUCUUUCUCCAACAAGUAGUCAACUAAUUUUGCUUUUGAACGCUGAAAACUCUCAAAUAAUGAGCGGGGGAGUGUAUGGAGGAGGUAACAGUUUUGAUUUUUAUACAACAUUUAAGUGUUUAUACUUUCUUGAGCUUACGAAGACGCCUUUGUUUGUAGACGAAGUUGGCGCGAUUGUGUUCGAUGUUGGCGCCCAAUCAGUCAGAGCUGGUUAUGCCGGCGAAGAUUGCCCCAAGGUACGUGUUAUUUCCUUAUUUUGUUUCCUUUUCUUUCCCUUCUGGUGAUAAGGUACCUCGUCCGAAUACAUUUAAAAGCUUUUUUGGUCAUGUUUUAAAUCUUGGCGUGAUAUUAAGGUUUUGACACUGAUGAAUCAUGGGAAUUAUUUCAGAAAUAAUAAAUUGCCGGGAAUUUCAAAGGCAUUGUGUAUGCAAAGUUUGCUGGUAUAAUGAAAUGAUUAUGAUAGUGAGUUAGGGAAUAACGGUAAAGAACUGUAUCCUUGCUGCUAAUUACUACUGGAUGGUACUUGAUUUGUACAGAAUAAUGUCUAUGUAUGUCUAUUUGAAACAGCAAUUGCAAGGGAUGUUCCUUAUUAAAAAGUAUCAGACUCACAGGUAGCCUAAGCUCUAGCUUGUUAGAUCAUUGUUUGGCCAUCUUACCACAAAUGGUAAACAGUUAACGGUUUAACAUACAUGUUCAACCCAUCUUCCGUUAUUCAGAAUUUAAGGUUCGCGGAUGGUAAUUGUGGCUGCCAUGUUUGUUUUCAUUCAUUAAUUCAUUCACUUCUAUUUUAGCUGUGGAAUCAUCUUCAAAAUUAUGUUUCGAUGAAAAAGAAUGUAAUAAUAUUAGUAAACAAAGGAGUUCUGAAGUACUCGUAUAAACCUCUCAAAAAGUAGGAUUGUGAUGUUUAAGGGUGAAAACAACUUUUUGUAAAUCACUUUAUACCUCUCAAGCCUAGUCUAGCUGUACUAAUAUGAACCUCAAAUCACAAACCUGACAUCAAGGCACUGCUUACUUGACUUUUUAAUGUUUGUCAGAAAUGCCAAAAAGUCUCAAUCUUAAGGUCGCUAAUAAAUAUCAUGAGUGUAUCACACGAUGUUUUUAGUAUGACAGCUAUUGCAUUUGUAUGGGAAGUUAGUGGCAAGUACUCUGUUGUGAAUGCUUGGUAUUGAAAAUAAUUGUCGACCUAGACUCCAUUACAGGACUUUCACGAAACUGGUUGGCAUGAUUCUAGCAGUUUUAUUCACCUUUUCAAGAUCAAUUUGUACCACUUUGUCUACCCGUUUUUAAGCAUGCUAUAAUUGCAUGUUGUUUUGUGUUAUGUUGCAGUAUGAUGUUCCUACAUUUAUGGGAGUAGUAGAAGAAGAAACUAAAGAAGAAAUCAUGGAAACAGAUGUUCCAUCAGAAGGUACAACUACUACUCAAUGUACUGUGUAUUGUUAGGAAUUUCAUGGGGUUCCAUAACCAAGCGAAAAUAAAUUUUAGGCCCCAAUAGUUCAAAAGGUGGAUAGGACUGUCCCAUCGAUUAAUCUCUCCAUUGGAUCGCAUUAGUUUCCCAAAUACAAACGUACUUAUCCACUGGAUAGUGAUAUAUCCAUAGGAGAGCGCUAGCCAACCUUUGAACAACUGUUGUCAGAUUAUUGAAAACGUAAUAUGCAAAAUUUGGGGGACAAACAGAGUGUUUUGUGUGAAUGGGGGAUUUGACAAUAGUCUAUGAAGUGUGGAUUAUCAAAAAUUGUAUUUAUACGUACACUGUACUGUAUGCACCUGUAUGGAAAGCGUAGUAAUAUUGUCUGUAACUGGGUAAUUAUUUUAUAUUUUGUGUCUCAAUGUGAUCUGUUCUUUCUUUCAUUCUUUUUUACGUUUUUUUUUGCAGAAAAGCCUAAAGUUGCGGAGAAAAAAUACUUUAUUGACACAAAUAGCAUCCAUCUACCAAAAAGUAACAUGGAGAUGCUAAAUCCUGUUAAAGAUGGAAUGAGUAAGUAUUGAACAUACAUGUAGAAAAAUACCGGAUGACAGAUGAUCAAUGAUCAUCAGACCAUGUACCAUCUUCCACUGAAGAAACACUCGUCCCCGAGGACUCCAAAAGCAUUUGAGUUUUACUGGUUCCAAAUUUGCAGCAAAACCCAAAAUUUUGUGAUCAUUUCAACCGGUGGAACAGAAACUUGAACACGUUUACACUUUACCUCUGGAUCCCCAUGUAUUGUAUAAACAUUGAUUUGUGUCAUCAGUACAGAAUUAUUUUGAAGCAGAAAAUGCAAACAUGUUAUUCUUUGUAAUGAAAAUGUCCCAAUAGCCAAAAUAGAGUGGUAAAAAAGGCAGCUCUAUUCGAAGGAUGCACAGUGCAUACACUGUAUAUCUUGUGCUGUACAGGUAUGCUUUUCCUCAGUUGAUCAUUACCAUUGUGGUCUUUUUAAUCACACAGUUGAAGACUGGGACAUGUUUGAGAAACUGUUAGACUACAUUUAUGCCAAGGACAUCAAAUCAGAAUCAGGGCUUCAUCCUGUUCUCAUGUCAGAGGCCUCAGUAAGUGAUAGAGACAACACAAUACAAGUCAUGUAUAAGCAGCAGCGCCAAUGGCAAGCUGAUCAUGAAGGGAGACAAUCUUUGUGGUUUUUGCUUUGUUUUUUGUAAUAACUUCCUUGUUAAUACACAUUUUUUUUGUGAGCCGAUUAUUUCAAAGUUAAAAGUUCUGUGCAAAUUGGGACAAUUUACGAUCAUUCUUGUUUUCAUUGGUUAUUUUUUAUUCAGAUUUAUGUUAGUUAUUAUGAUCAAUAAUAAUUAUAAAAUAAGUUUCACACCUGGCUGUAGAAGGAACGUCUUCAAAAACCAUAUUUUUCCCUUUUGUCACAUAAUCUCUCGUACAUGUACAAUUGUUUCAAGGUUGUAUCAUAAUUAUUUAUAUAUUAUGCAAAGAGGGCUGCCACAUGUUAUGACAUAAAGUUUGUUUUCUUACAGUGGAAUGUCCGUCCCAAGCGAGAGAAACUCACAGAAUUGAUGUUUGAAAAGUACAAUAUCCCUGCAUUUUUCCUCUGCAAAAAUGCUGUGCUAGCAGCAUUUGCUAAUGGAAGAUCAACAGGUCUUGUAAUAGACUCUGGGGCAACACAAACCAGUGCUGUCCCAGUUCACGAUGGAUAUGUUCUCCAGCAAGCUAUUGUUAAGUCUCCUUUAGCUGGUGAUUUCAUCACUGCUCAGUGCCGUCAGCUGUUUGAAGAAAAGAACAUUGAAAUUGUACCACCUUACGUUAUCGCCAGUAAGGUAAUGUACAGUACUGCUGUAAUCAUAAUCUAAGGGCAGUGAUUUUGUUACCUCUGCAUCCUACAUCCCUGGUGACUAAAAAUCCCCAAUGACACAAAAAUAUUUGAUGGCAUGUAUCCUGUAGGACGUAAAGGUCGAUCGAUUGAUCUGAACAUGUGUAUUUAUAGAAAUAUCACAUUCAAGUAUCUCUAUCGAUCUGUGGCAGUUAUAAAAUUUAUAGCUGUUGUUUAAACAAUGCAUAUUUCUUUCAGCCUUUAUUCUACUUUAAAAUAGAAGGACCAUAUUAUUUUUAAUUUCAGUAUACUAUAAUACAGAGUUUUGGAGUCUGUCCUCAAGUUAACUGUCUGGUUUAAUACAUAAAGGCCCAAGCAUUUUCAAUUUCAGACUUGUUUUUUUUUUAACUGGAACUCAUUGGUUCUGGAAUGGAACUCAUGAUUUUUCACAAGAUAAAUCUCAGGACUCACCAUAACUAUUUGUAACAAAAUCAUUGAAGGGGCUCUGUACAUGGAGAGAGGAAGAUCCUAGCAUCAAGAAAAUCCUAGAAGGCAAAUCAUCUUAGUGCCAUAAUGUUUUCUGUAUUCAGUUGACAUGCAAAGGGUUGUACUUGGGCUACAAUCUUCCUAGCUGAGAGGAAGAAAAAUCUUAGCACCAUGUGCUGGUAAACCACUUUUGAUGGGAAAAUCCUAGUACUAAGGACAAACGAGACAAUGAUCAUACAUACAUGUAUGUAUCAUGUAUCAUGUAUCAUGGCAAUAAUAGCCGACCAUUUCAUUUUGUGGUUAAUUGCCAUGAGCUGAUAACUGUGAUAAUUCUGCUAAACAGUACAUUGUAGUUAUUAACACCUGUAGAGAGAGCUGAAGGGUACCAAUUGCAUUUUUGUUAUUUUGCCUCCCUUCUUUAAUUCGUCUUCUACAAAUGUACUUGGUAACCACACAGACCAAAAUUUCAGCAUGUAAACCCACUGAAAGUACUGUUGUUCUGCCUCUUAGGAUUUUCCUGGUGAUAGGAUCUUCCUCCUGCAAUGUAAACAGGCCCUAAUAAUCAGUAGUGCCUUAAUUGUGUGAAAGAUUUGUAUUUCUUUGUGCAUGGGACAAUCUGAGCAUUGUGUGAAUGCUGUUUUAGACAAUAAGGGUAUAUGUGAGUGCUGUUGCCUCGGGCUCUUCUAGCUAAGGCAUCUUUACUUCAUUUAAAUGGGGGCUAUGGGUGAACUCGUCAAAUUGAAUUUCUUUCAUGUAAUGAGUUUUUACAUGUAAUUCAUAGGAAGCAUCAAAAGAAGGUGGACCAGCCAUUUUUACCAAAAAGAACAGUCUACCCUCAGUUACUAAAUCUUUCCACAGACACAUGGUUAAUGUAAGUACGUUAUACACUGAGCCUGAAAGGUGUUUUAUACUUUACUUGUAUGACUAACAAUUAUUAACAAACUACCUACCUGUACAGUGCUACAAACUGUUCUAAUGAGUCACAGUGUCUCUGCCAAUGCUUUCAUCAAGUCCUUUAAAUGUGACCAUUGUGCCCCAUAACAAUAGGCCACUUACAUUAAGAGGUCAUGUGACCAAUGCUUCCUUUAAACAGGGCUUCUGAUAUUUCGUGGAAAAAAAAGCAAAAUUUUGCGGGAUUUUCAGGGAAAAAUUCGCGGGAAAAUCGGCCGAUUUCGCGGGAUUUUCGCGGGAAAAAAGUCAAAAUUCGUGGAACAAUUGGCCGAUUUCGCGGGAUUUUCGCGGGAAAAAAGUCAAAAUUCGCAGAAAAAUCGGCCCGUUUCACGGGAUUUUAGCAGAAAAGAGUCAAUUUUCGAAGGAUUUUCAGGGCAAAUAAUUUCCUAAGAAUUUCUUAGGAAAAUCGGCCGAUUUCACGAGAAAUUUCGGGGGAAAACUUCGCCAAGAGACAAUCAGUAAAAAACAGCCGAUUUCGCUGGGUUUUUUUUGGCAAAUUUCGCUAAAAUCGAUCAAUUUUGCGUCGAUAUGACAAGCGUUGGUGAACGUUUUUUUUAACACGGAUAAUCAUUAUUUUGCUCUUUCAACAACACAGUUCGCUCGAGAAAUGAACGCAUGUUAAAGCUAUCAACAUUAUGGUUAGUGCCCAGUUUUUCGCAACGUUCAUCUAAAAACGCCUGGUAGUUUUGGGACGUUGUUUACUCGUUGCAGUGAUGAAGUUUCAAGUUACAUUUGGACGUUUGGGGUUAAUAAAACCGGUCUAAUAGCCAAGAUAAGUAUUAAAUAUGUUUUGCCGACAUCUAUCUGGAAAUAUUUCUGGCGGAUUUCGCGGUAUUUUGCGUUUUUUUGGGAAUUUCGCGGGAUUUCGUGGAAAUACCUGAAUUUCGCGGGUCCGCGACCGCGCGAAAUAUCAGAAGCCCUGUUUAAACAAUGAGAUGGAAUCUUGCUGAUGCCAAAACUUGAAAGAGCACACAAAAAGUAUCUUUACACCCCAAUUUUGAGAGGAAACACAUUUAAGGGAAACAUUUUAUGGCACUUUGAUUUUUUCAACGAAGUAGUAUGAUUUGUAUUUGCCGCCAAGUUGAAGGGGAUACUCUUGCCCUCCAACAUGGUGGGGAGAACCACUUUUUGCUCGUAUACUUUCUUGUUAAACAUUUGAUAGUUACGCUCAGAUGUGCUCUAAAUGUUACCACAUCAUCUUUUCAACAUUUUUCCAGUGAAGUUUAAGUGCAAAAUGUUUGUUUAAAAAGAUGUAAUUCCUAAUUUUAAAAAUCACAUUUUAGUCACAUGACCAGCUAUGAACUUACUCAUUUUAAGAAAAAUGGUGCUGGCUUGAGAAACCAAAUCGUUAUUAUUUUGUUAAAAUAUAACCCAGUAAUCAUUUUUUGAAGGUAAAAUCAUAUAACUUUCAUUUUCAUAAAAAUGAUCACAUGACCUCAUAAAAACGGUUACAUGACCUCUUUAUAUAGUGAAAAUGGCCUAUGGAAAAAAAAAGGAAAUUCCUAUCAAACUGGUUGUAGACUUAAGGAUGGUUGAAAUUUGAUAAGGUUUAAGCAUCUCUCGUAAGAGUCCUCCCUUUUUGGACUGGGACUUGAUAGUUUUCAAGAGAUGACUCUUAGAGCUCCCUACAGCAUAAAUUCUGCAACACUCAGAUGCAAUCUUUGUUUUGCCUUGUAGUAUAGUAUUGUUGAUGGGUACCUGUAUGUUUGACUAGAGUACAUUAAGUAAGCAGAAGUUCUGUUUGUGGGGGUGCUUGUGUGUUUUGCUGUAUGUUUUAUUAAAAUUAUUAUUGUUUACUGAUAGAUAACAAUCUACUUUGUUUUUGUAGGAAACUAUCCAAGAUUUUCAAGUCAGUGUCCUUCAAGUCUCAGAUGGCCCUUAUGAUGAAGGGUUAGUCUUGUAUUGCUUUUUCAGUGUCCUUUGCAAUGUUUGAUCCAAUCUCUAUCAUCAGGUUAUGGAUAUCAUACCAUUUUGUCUUUUCCAGUGUUCUAGGUAAUAUUCCAGGAGUACUCUAUGAGUUUCCUAAUGGCUAUAACAACACAUUUGGUGUGGAGAGAUUUAGAAUUGCAGAGGGACUUUUUGAUCCUUCAAAUGUUAAGGUUAGUCAGUGAAAAAUUGCUCAAUUGUUUUAUCAUAUUGCAUGUUUGAAUACUUGUCUGAAGCAUAAACUGUCAUAAAUAACCGACAGUGCAAUUAUGCAGUGGAGAAUAAUAUUCAAUGAAAGAGAGUGAUCUAUUGAAUCAGGUGAAAUUAAUAUUCCUUGUGCCAGCUUCCAAUCAUGUUUGCAUGAAGCAAAACGUGUGUAAGUAUCUUAAAAUAUCAGUGCUCUUUUCAAUGCUCUUAUGUUGUCUGUGAUCGACAAACAAUCAGGUAGCCAGUUCAAACCAAGAGGGCACUUGGAUUGUUUUCCUUGGAUUUAGCUUUGAGCAGAUCUCAUCAUCUGCCUUGUUUGACUAUACAGCAAGUUGUUAGAAAAUUGUAACAAAAUUAUUAUUUGUUUGAAUUUUAAGCUAAUAUUAAUUAUGUCCUUACUGAUUUCUGUCAGGGCAUUGAAGGUAGUACGGCCAUUGGAGUCACACAAGUUGUUACCACUAGUGUAGGAAUGACUGACAUAGACAUAAGAGCAGUAAGUUGAAUCUACUUGUCAAAUGUGGAAGCGUUGAGGUAAAGUGUAGGUCAAUAAUGCCAGGCCAGUAAACAACAUUUUUUUUCUAAAAUUGUGAAGGGUAUGAACCCAGGAGUCAUGUCAUAAGCAGGGUGAGUAUGACCUCUGGGUGAACGUAGACCUGAAUAGGACUGUUGUAACGAACUGUCAGUCACUGUCAACAACACUGUUGUUGACAGUGACUGACAGUUUGACAACCUGUGCAGUAGUCAUCUUCAGAAUCUUACAUUUUUCCAUGGUAAAUGCAUGAAGGACAGGGCAGAAGUAAAAAACCUUUUAGGAAUAAAGACUGUAUGUACUCUUGUUAGCCAAUGAUUUGCUGAGUACACUGUUUGCCAUUUUUCUCUCAGGGUUUAUUUGGCAGUGUGAUUGUGACUGGUGGUAACACUCUUCUUCAAGGUUUCGUUGAAAGACUCAAUCGUGAGCUUCUCACCAAGACACCUCCUGUAAGUAUACAUGAACUAUGUUAUGCACUUCAAGGGAAAAAGGUUUCUUGUUUUUGUUUGUCUGUUUGUUUUGUUUUGUUUUAGAUACAAAAGGCAGAUUUCAUGUGUUUCUGAUUACCAUGCUCUUGCUAAGUAAGAAUCAGAUUCUAAGGAUUUUGCCUGGCUACUUAAAACCUGAGCCAAUAGUAACAUGAAACAAAGAAAAUUUCAGAUCUCUGGCUACUUUGCUAUUUUCUAUAAAGUUUAGUGACAGAUCUGCGUCCUCCCGCCACCUCUCUCCCCUUUCACCUCUUAUCCCUGCCACCCUACAGUCUUCCUUUGUCAUAAUAACAAAUGAAUGAGUUUCUUAAUCGUGUACAAAACGUACGCAUGACUAUUUGCAGGGCCACUAAGUUUGUAAACGUGGCAGAUACUUUAAAAGAAGUCUAUAGAUGUUGGAAAAAAACUUAGCUACCCAGCUCUGUGUUUGCAAACACAUACGUUAUUUCUAAGAAUAGCUGAGUGGUCGAGGGGUAAGGGAACACAGGUCACCAUCACAGGUCACCUAAUUACUUCAGUGGAAAAACGCGACUUGUGCUGUUGCAGCCACGUAGAUAUCUCCGGCUGGUCUCCUAACAGUUAGAAUUCUGGGCCCAGUUCUAUUCUAUCCUAUUCUAAUCACUAUUCUAUCCUAUUUUGAGCGUCUGGAUCUCGCGGUUGAAGCUUAACAUUGCAUUUUGAGCCCUAGUUACAUGUUCCUAGACAAGGCAACUUCGCUUAAAAUUUGGCUUUAUUCUGUCAUUAAACUUAACCAUCUCUCGAGAAACCGAAUUGAGAGACGGGGGUAAAAGAGACAGUUUUUGUUGACUAAUCUCUUGAUGUUUUGUUUGUUUGUUUGUUGUUUUUAUUUUUUCAUAGAGCAUGCGUCUAAAACUGAUCUCUAAUAACACGCCCAUGGAGAGGAGAUUUAACCCAUGGAUAGGCGGCUCAAUUCUGGCCUCACUUGUAAGUUCAGAAUUUUUUUUUUCCUUUUUUUAUGUGUGUGAUAAAAAAGGAGAAGAACGGUUAUGCAGGAAAGCGAUGAUACCCUAUCGCCUUGUUGUCUUCAGUUGUUAUCAAAAUGGUAAAGGCCAUUGAAUUAUUAACUAAGUAGGUACGGACUUCAAUAUUUAUUAACCUGUUGGAUGGGCGUUUUGAGAUGCAAGCAAAUGGGAUAAAGCCUCACUUUUUUGGUUUUUUUUUCUUGUUUCGCAACAAAUAAAUCACUUUAUGGAUGGCCCACAUUGCUGUCGGUUCCGUGAUGUUUCGUUUUAUAUAAACGGUAAAGUAUUAAGAAAACUGCCCUAUUCUACCUCACUGCAGAGUCACAUGAGAUGUGCAAAAGCGUUGCUGACCAGUACUUUGUGUCUCGGAAACUUAAUUUGGUAAUUUUAUCUGACCCCGAUUCUUUUUUAGGGUUCGUUUCAACAAAUGUGGAUAUCUAAACAAGAAUACGAAGAUCAAGGAAAGGGGUGCGUUGAAAGAAAGUGUCCCUGACUUCUCCGCCAUGUAAACUAGUGAUACAAUGUAUUAUAGCGUAGUGGACUCAUUUCAGCUCCUUACUAUGUAAAGAUGGGGCCGUUUUGGACUGCCUCCGCCGCUUAUUUGAUAUCGCGGACUCCCGAAGAACAGUGUGCCCAGAUGACUCGUUUUUAUUCAGUGGUUUCGUGGUAACGGUUUAUGAAGCUGAAGUCUUCACAGACUUUUUUAGUACUAUUGAACUACAUGCAUGAAGCCAAUUUUCAAUCUGUUUUUAAACCGAGUUUGAACUACUUCUCCU